CCUGCUCCGUUCCCAAUAGUGUGGAAUGGGACAGGCAUAGGAUUACAGCGUGAGAGGAGUGUAGGUCUAUUGGAGGUUUAUUGUUUUGGUUCUUUAGCAAUCUUUUGCCAUCCUUAUUAGUAUUGAAGGCUACUGCUGAUUUUUUUAAUCUUGAAUUAUUUCACUGGAGAGUUACUCAAAAAGUUUGCACACCUGACGGGAGCACUGAAGGGUAGAGCUGGCUCCGAUUGUUUUAAAAGUCUUUCCGUCUGUUUCACGGACGUUAUUGAUCGAAUUCUUGUCUCAAGUUGGUGUCUUGACGUGAUUUUGCACCCAGAAAGCCAUGACUUCUUUGAUGAUGACCACAGGGCAAGGCCAGCGAGAUGGUGACAAGGCAAGUUUUGACUUGAUCCAAAAUCGGAUCGAGUCAUUGAGCGGCAAGAUGGACAAGCUCAUCAACCUUCAAGAAAAGGUCCUCAGUCGACUAGAUUCUGAUUGUGGAGGUCUUGUAAAAGAAGAGAAACUCAAUGUUAGCAAAGAAGAAAGCCUUGUCCCCCGUGGAGAAGUGGGACAAGUCAAGGAGAUAUGCCAGGAAAUGAGCACCAUUGUGUCGGCGGUCAACCAGCGGUCUGAGUUGCAGGCUCAGAAGCUGGAAGGCAUGGAGAAACUGGUCCUCAGCAUGCAGCAGGUGAUCAGCUUCAUCGGGGAGACGGUUAAGACCUCCAGAGUGAUGGAGCUCAUGUUCAAAGGGCCUGCCGCUAGAAAGGGUAACAAAGGAAAACCAGUCCCGAAGUUGAAAUCAUCAGACACCAAAAAAACAGAGAAGAAAACUACCUCUAAUAAAGCCAAUAAAGGGAAUCAAGACAUAACUCCAGUUUGUGAGCCUACUCCUCCGCAGCCAUCUCACAGGACAAAGCUCCACGGACCAAAGCAUUUCCUGGCAGCUCGCAAAUGUGGAACCUUUAAAGACCACAAAGGCAAAGACGGUGCAGAGAAGCCCUGUUUGAGCCCCAAAGGUGUGAAAGCCCAAAUGAAAAUGAAACCUCCAGACACAUCAGAUGUCUCAUUAAAGAAGCAGGCUUUGCUUCUAGAAGAGGUGCAGAAGCUUAACAGAGAGAAUUCAGAGAAAUCAGCUCACCAGCUCACCGAUGUAUAUUUGAAUCUGGAAGCUGGCGUUCCUUCUCAAGAGCAACGAGGUGAUGGUGUACAGGACCUCGUAGUGGCAUCCCAACAGGAGGCGGUCGGUGCAGAAAUGGAUGAGGACAAGAUUCCAGUUGGAGAUGUUGCUGAGGAAGAGCUCACACUAGAUGUUGAAGAUGUAGAGGAAGAAGUCCACCUCGUAGAAGAAGAGGAAGAGUCGACAGCUGAAGAUGCAACAGAGAGCUCAGAGCUUCCUGACAAUCAGACAGAACAAACAAAUGCAAGUGGCAACUGCGAAGUGGCCUCGCCAACUUCAGAAGCUGACCUGCACCAGACAGUGGAGCUCGGCAUCGCUGAGGAACCUGUGGUGGUGGAGGAAGCUCAAAAGGUCCAGGAAGACAAGGAGGAAGAAGGGAAGAAGGAGGGAAAGGAAGAGGAUGAGGAUGAGCAGGAGCAGGAGGACUGGGCUGUCUUCCGGGCAGAUGGGGUUGAGUUUCAGUUUGACCUGAAGGAGAGGCUGGAGAGAGAGAAGAAGGAAACCAAACCCAAGAAUGAGGAAGAAAAAGAGAACGAGUACAUGCAGCAAUACUAUAUUGAUACAACUCCUCCUCCGGCAGCACCGUUUAAUCACCGCAUUGUGUCAGCCAAGCCCAACCAGAUCAGUAACUUCUACACCAUCAACUGGCAGGAGGUCCUGGGCGGGGGUCGUUUUGGCCAAGUGCACAAAUGUGUUGAAAACUCAUCCGGUCUGACACUGGCAGCUAAAGUCAUCAAGGCCAGAGCUCAGAAAGAAAAGGAGGUGGUGAAGAAUGAGAUCCAAGUUAUGAACAAUCUGGACCACGCCAACCUGAUCCAACUGUAUGCAGCUUAUGAGUCGAGGAACGACAUCAUCCUCGUGCUUGAAUAUGUUGGUGGUGGUGAGCUUUUUAACAGAAUCAUUGAUGAAAACUACACUUUAAUGGAGCUGGAUGCUGUGGUGUUCAUCAGGCAGAUCUGUGAGGGUCUGCAGCACAUGCAUAAAAUGUACAUCCUACAUUUGGACUUAAAGCCGGAAAACAUCCUCUGCGUAAGCAGAGUCACAAAUAAAAUCAAAAUCAUCGACUUUGGCCUCGCUAGGAUAUACAAACCGAGGGAGAAACUGCGAGUCAAUUUUGGAACACCGGAAUUUCUGGCCCCUGAAGUGAUCAACUACGACUUUGUGUCGUUUAACACAGACAUGUGGAGCCUUGGUGUCAUCACCUACAUGCUUCUGAGUGGUCUCUGUCCUUUCCUGGGUGACAACGACAACGAGACGCUCAACAAUAUCUUGGCCUGCCAGUGGAAUUUAGAGGAGCAGGAGUUUGUGGACACGUCUGAAGAGGCCAAAGACUUCAUCUCCAGACUCCUCGUGGUUAAUAAAAGUUGGAGGAUGGGAGCAUCUGAAGCCCUUAGACAUCCUUGGCUGUCGAACCCAGUCCUUCAUCACAAACUUCAUACCAAGAAAACCAUGUGUCGAUCUCGGCGGUCAUCAUGUGUGCCCUCAACAGACAGUUGAGGGCACCAGUGUGGAAAACCGGACCAAGCCUCGUGUAGCUUUAUACAUUUUAUGUCACAAUGAGUGGACGUCUGGCUAGUAAUAUGCUCAGAUGAGACAAAGUAGUCAUUGAUAGCAUAACAGCAUCCUUUUAAGUCAUACCGCAUGAGGCUGGACCGUGUCACACUGACUGACCUCUGAGCCAGCUGCAUUUAAUGUAUUCUCACUUUGUGCGACAGCAUUGCUUUGAAUUACAGGUGGUCUUCAGUUUACGGCCUUCUGUGUUCCGGCAUUAAAAACUUACCGGUAAUUUAGGUCCAUCAACAAUGAGACUCACUUGUGAGCGACUGUAGCUAUUAAGAAUAAAGGUCAUUUUGUAACGUCUACGCAAAGGGGUCGGCAACCCUCGAUCUUAAACCUCUUUGUUGUGCCUCCGUUCGCAGAGCUUGAAUAGUUUUGUUAACACCUGACUGGGGGAAAUGCACAUUUUUGAAGAGUUAAAAAAACCAGACUAUGUGUAAGGCGGUGAAUGCAUCCUUGUUGAGUUCUGAGUGGUGAUUGGAUGAGCUAGAGGGAGGGGAAGAUGGUGUUUGUCUGACCAUUUUUGGUCAGACAUGAAACAGCCCCCCAGCAGUAAGCUAACCAUGAAUGUAUCCUCAACAAAGAAACAUCUCAGACGAAAAGCAGUAUACGUCUGCAUGGACCGAUUCAUUUGUUUCCUCUGCAAAUGACGCUGGCUUACUCCUUGCUUGGCAUGUGUGGCAAGAAAUUAGCAAACAACAAAAGUUUAAGACAAAAAUCACAGGCAUAUUCUGAAAAUUAGACAUUUAUUUCAAAGUAGAACUACAAAUGUAUAAGUGGUCAUCCUUGUAGUUCAGCCGUGCACACACAAGCUUGAAUGCCCACUAAUUGAGCGUUAAGAACAGCAUAAGCUAAUGAGCUAAAAGUCAAUACUUUGUGCUGCACAUUUCUUAAGGCGUAAGGUAGUGAGGUUCAACCAACAUACUAUCACAACCCCACUAGUUGCCUCUUUUCAAGGUUGUCAACCACUGGUCUACCUGGACGUUGGAAGGAAGACAAGGUGGUGGCCCAACAAUAAUGGCUUUAUUGCAAAACAACAGGCUACUGUUGGCUGCAACCACACCAAAACAACAUUAGCAAAGUGAACUGUGCUCUGCAUGCAUCCAUUCUCCACCCACACCUGCCGCAUUCACAGACAGGCUGAAAUCACAAAACUCUUUAACACUACACAUAACUACCAGGUCGCAAUGCUAUCCUUGAGCAUAUCUAAGGAUCUGCGACAGUAAUAACUAUGAAGUGUGGUGUUUUUUUUUAUGUCUCUUUUUGUUAUUAGUUUAAUGAAAUUAUUGUAUUUAGUGUUUUUAUUACAGUAUUUUAUGUCCUUCAUGUGUUCUGUCUACAGUGUGAGUGACUUAAGUGUUAAUUGAUGGUAGGUAAGAGUUCCGAAAAUUGGGCUUACAAGGCAUUGAAGGGACGGAACUCGUUCGUAAUUCUGAGACCACCUGUAUUUCUGUACUUGUUCAUUCUCAGAGCACCCUCACUUUGCUGCUUUCAUUUCACAUUGCCUAGUAAAAGCUUACUUUAAUAUAUUCCAAUUGAAUUUGGGUUCCCCCGCGACCCUAAUGAGGAUGAGCAUCAUAGAGGAUGGAUGAAUUUAGGUUCAGUGUUAACCCAACAUCAGGUCAACACUGUAUGUAUAUUGUUGGUGUCCUGUAGUAUGCGCACUUUAUAAUUGUAUUUAUUUAAAAGCUACUGUAGGUUCCACUGGCCUUGUGUGGCUCUUGUCUUUUUGACAUUAAAUACAUUUUUUCUUUAUAAUUCAACAAAAAAAAAUGUCUUAUCAGCUGAAUGUUUUGCUUUAAGUCUGUCUGUGCACAAACAUCUAAGUUAUUUUUUUUUAUUUUAAUGUAUUUUUUUUUUAAAGCGUACUGUAUGCAUGAGCUGUCAAGCCACUCUGGUGCCACUUUCACUGUAAGAAGCUUUACCCCCAUGUCAUAGAUGUCUAUUCACCUUCUGUGAAGGUUCACUUUAUACCUAAAAAGGAACACACAACCUACCUAUCGUUGCCUAAGAGGAUGACAUUUUUAGCUCCACAGUUUUGCAAGGUUCUCUUUUAAUUUUAUUCUGUAUGUUCAUACGUUUAAUAGUCAAAUUUAAAUAAGUUAUUCUCACUGAUUGAGCAUGUGUUAUUAUUUUUUUG